UCGAGCGUCAGUCGCGUCGCGUACCUCGACCGCAUGAGAUUUUGUCGCUUUUUCAUGUGAUCCCGAGCUUUUUUUUUAUUAUUUCGGUUAUCUCCUUCUCUGUCGAAGGCUACUUGUCUGCAGUAAAACGGUUUUAGUUUUUAUUUAUCCUAUAUUAUUUAUUAUUACUCUUUUUUGUAUUAAUAAUAUUAUUUAUGACACGAGUGAAUGCGUUUGAUAUGGACCCGGGCUACGAGAAAUAUUGACACGGGAUUUUGUUCGACUCACUGCGGAAAUACAAGAGCAAAUGGUGCGAAAACACGAAACCAAGUUUUAUUUUAAAUAUUUAUACUUCUAGUCGAGAUAUAUAUUAAUUUAUGUAUUACCAGUGAAAGACUAGUGAUUAAUACCGCAAUAGAUUCUUCAGUGAUUGACGUACCCAUUACACGAGUGUUUUGAGUGGUUAAAUUAUUUAAAGUGCCAUCAAAGUGUUCUAGAGCUUAAAUCUUGUACAAAAAACGCAACAAUCUUUAAAAUUAUUUUAUUUAUAUCUUAAAACUCGAGAAGAAUAUCCAGCAAAGGAAGAAUAAAGAAGAAUAUAUGUAUAUUUUUUUAUAUGGUGGAUUUUAGUUGGUCUUUUUGGCGUUGUAACGACGCGACUCGUGCCGCCAUGUGUGUCCGACGUUUCAGCCGCGUGUUCGUUUUCUGAUAGGACCUGGGAAGAAAUAUAAAUAAAAAAUCGAAAUAAUACCGAAGGAAAAAGGCAAAAAAAAAAAAAAAAACGCUUUUUUCGGUUGUCACCCAUAAACCUUUUUACGUACGAGCCGUAAAUUUAAAAUUCACCAGACACUAUCCGGCGACUAUUGACACUUUUAUCUGUCAAACUGACAGGAUGAAUUUAAACUGGUGACCGUUUGGUUGUACCAGUUAUGAUUUUUCCGGGCUGUGAUUCUUUCUCCAAAGUUAUCCGUAUUUAGUGGUAAAAAUGUCAGCAAUAACAAACGAGACUGCUAGUGUGAUUUGAUAUUUGUUUAAACUCAAAAUAAAAAGUGGUUCUAAAAGUAUAAUUGUGCAAAAAAACGAAUAAGUAAUUGAAUAAACAUACCAUUAUCAUCGAUGAUGCAGUCAAACACUAUUCUGCGCGACAUCAGUACCACCGAAAAGCUAAUGGGAAAUAACAACAACCUCAACAACAAUGGAUCUCCUGGUGACAUAAUGUUCCACAUGGGAGACGAAGGAAUGACGCAGCUCGGCAGCGUCUUCCAGUCAGCUUACCAGUCAAUCGUCGAUGGUGGUCCUCAGUACGGCUCAGACGAAUUCGGCCAGGACUCUCCAAGGUACACUUCGCCGAAGGCAACCACCCUCUACGCGGAGCCCUACUAUAUCGAUGGAAAUUCCGCGGGAACGGGUCCAGGGGAUCCUUGGAAUGGAAGCGGAGUUCAGCCGCCAUACAGCGGAUAUGCUCCUCCACACCUGGCACAACCUGCCUACCCUAUGCACAUAGCACACGACCCCAUGUCAUACUCGGCGAUGUCACCCAACGGAGAACCACCAGCCCCAAUCCUUGGUUCCACGGUGACAAGUGCCGCGUCUUUACCCCCAAUGUCCACCUUCAGAGGCAGCGCCGCGGUCGCUGCGUCCGGAGGAACUGGAGCACCUUCUCCAGCGUCGUUACAGUAUAAUCACAGUCCUGGGGCGCCUGCACCGGCACCCACUACUGCCAGUGCACAGCAAAAUCAAACUACCACUGCUGAUAGUCUAGGAAAAACACUUGCGUCUGUAGUAAGCACACGAAUCUAUCCGACGGACCAAUCGGUAUCCAGUUAUAGUAGUAAUCCCUCGACGCCAGUCAGUUCCCCGCCACCAUUAACAGGUUCAGCCCCGAGUUGGGCGCCAGGUGCGACACCAGUCUCCCCGCACUUCACAGCGGAUCCAAACCGCGGUACAAUCCACAUGCCGGCGCCCGAACAACAGAGGUUAGACGAUGCCAUCGGCUUUCUUCGCGACCAUGCCGAGUUGGUACAGGGAUCCCGGAUGGAGGAACGGUUAGACGACGCGAUCAACGUCCUCAGAAAUCACGCCGAGAGUCAGCUCGGGCUUCAUCUAGGUCCCGUGGGUCCCCAUGGCGGUCUUUACUCUCAUACAUCUCCAUCGCAGCUGGAUCACCUGGCGAGUCCUCAUCCAGCGGUAACGGUAGCACAACCUCAAGGAACAUAUCCCGGACUCGCUCCUACGCCAGAUACUGACGGUUCGAUAAAAAUCGAGAGGUUACCUGUCUCCAAUGCAACAGAAUACAUAUCGCUGGAAAAAAGAAAAGACCCACCAGACAGCAGCGGAGGAGAAACAAAGGCGUCUAGUAGCGACCUCGCUGGUGGAGUGAUCGGUGGCGCCACUGUAAACUCGACCUCUCAGGGCAAAGGAACCAAGCGCUCGCGCAGAUAUUGUUCGAGCGCCGACGAAGACUGCGAUGAUCCUGGCACCAAAGCGGUGCGCGAAAAAGAACGUCGUCAAGCCAACAACGUUCGCGAAAGGAUACGGAUCAGAGACAUCAACGAGGCGCUGAAGGAGCUCGGGAGGAUGUGUAUGACACACCUCAAGACGGACAAGCCUCAGACCAAACUUGGGAUACUUAAUAUGGCUGUUGAGGUUAUAAUGACUUUGGAGCAACAAGUUAGAGAGCGAAAUUUAAACCCAAAAGCAGCUUGUUUAAAAAGAAGAGAAGAAGAAAAAGCUGAAGACGGUCCAAAAUUACCAGGCCACCUAGCGGCUCACAUAGGUCAUCCACAUUCGCAUCCUCACGCCCAUUCACAGCCGCCAUUUUCUACAAUGCCCGGUCCUCCACCAUCACUCCAACACAAUCAAGUCCAGCCGCAGUAGCAGAGGUUAACCGACGGCAUCGUCCUUUGUUAAAUAAUAAUAAAAUAAAAAAUAAAAAAGAGUGCAGUUCGUGUUCGCCUGUGAGAGACUUAAACACGUAAAUAUCAAGACUCGGGUAUCAAAGCGAUCCCACGUUUACUUAAAUAAGAUAAUAAAAGUUAUAUAUAAACAUAUAUAUGAAUAUGAACGAAAGAGUAUAUAUUAAAAAAAAAAAAAAAACAAAUAUAUACAAUAUGUAUAAAAUUUAAAAUAAGCGUCGUCGCGACGAAAAAAUGACCCGGUGAUGGUUAAUCUGGCGAAUCAAAUGUGUGCUAGAGGGUGCUCUUUUGUUCUUAUUAAUCUAGUUUAUUGUAUAUUGUUUCUUAUAAAUAUUGAUAUAAAUUGGAGGAGUUUCCUGACGGGUCCAAAUUACGGUAGAAUGCAAUUAGCUUUAUAAUUACAGUAUGCUAUCGUAUCUGUACGAUCAAAUACCGCAGUUAUAUUGUAGAAUAUGAUUAAACUACCGCAAUAUCGUAAUCUACAGUAGCUAUACGAUAGAUCUACCGUAUUUUAAUCGUAUAACUAUCUUAACUUAAUCAUAUGAUACGGUCACUGCAAUAUCGCAAUCGAUGGUAGCUAUACGGCAAAUGUACCGUAUUACUAUUUUAAUCUAACUAUACGGUUAAACUACCGCAAUAUCGUAAUCUAAGGUAGCUAUCCGGUAAAUCUAUCGUAUUUUAAUCGUAUAGCUAUCUCAACCUGUUUAUAUUGUAGAUAUACGGUAGAACAACUAUAAUCUACGGUAGCUAUACGGUAAAUCUACCGAAUAACUAUCUUAAACUAUAUCGUAGGAUAGUUAAACUACCACAAUAUCGUACUCUAAGGUAGCUAUAUGGUAAAACUACCACAUUACCAUAAUCUACGGUAGCUAUAUGGUAGAUCUACUGUAUUUUAAUCGUAUAACUACCUUAACUUAACUAUCUUGUAUAAUACGGUUGAACUACCGCAAUAUUGUAAUCUAAGGUAGCUAUCCGAUAAAUCUACCGUAUUUUAAUCGUAAUCAUAUCGUAUAAUACGGUUAAACUACCGCAAAUCGUAAUCUAAGGUAGCUAUCGGGUAAAUCUAUCGGUACUAAUGUCGGAAAUCUACUGUAUUUUAACCGUAUAACUAUCUUAAUAGUAAUCAUAUCGUAGAAUACGGUUGUCCCACUGCAAUACUGUAAUCUAUGAUAGCUAUACGGUAAAUCUACUGCGCUACCUUAAUAUACAGUAGCUAUCCGGUAAAUCUAUCGUAUUUUAAUCGUAUAGCCAUCUGAACCUAUUUAUAUCGUCGGUAACAAUAAAACUAUCUCAAUACCGUAAUUUACAGGAGCUAUACAAUAAAUCUACCAUAUUUUAAUCGUAUAGCUAUUUUAAACUAUUAAUAUGAUCGAUUACGGUAAAACUAAUGCUAUAACAUAAUCUAAAGUAGCUAUACGGUUAAAUUAUCGCGAUAGCGUAAUCUAAGAUAGCUGUACUGUUGCCGUAUAUUUACCUAAUGUAGCCUAUUUUUAUUUUAAAAUACGGUGAAACUACCAUAGUAUCGUAAUCUAAGGUAGCUAUCCGGUAAAUCUACCGUGUUUUAAUCGUAUAGCUAUCUUAGACCUGUUUAUAUUGUAGCUAUACGGUAAAACUACCAUAAUACCGUAAUCUAAGGUAGCUAUACGAUAAAUCUACCAUAUUUUAACCGUAAAACUAUCACUAUAACAUAAUCUACGGUAGCUAUACGAUUUAACUACCGCGACAGUGUAAUCUAAGAUAGCUAUACUGUAAAUCUAUCGUACCGUUGCCGUAAAUUUACCUAUUUGUAUCGUAGGAUACGGUAAAAUUGCUGCAACAUCGUAAUCGAUGGUAGCUAUCCGGUAAAUCUAUCGCACUACCGUAAUCUAAGGUAGCUAUACAAUAAAUCUACUGUAUUUUAAUCGUAUAGCUAUCUCAGACCUGUUUAUAUUGUAGCUAUACGAUGAAUCUACCACACUAUUGUAAUCUAAGGUAGCUAUACAAUAAAUCUACCGUAAUUUAGACCCGCUAGGAUAAUAAAAUAAUUGUGCAGCUAUCACGCACAAUCUGUAAUUGGAACCAAUUGGGAUAGACCGUUUAUAAAUAAUGGUAAUAAUAAUUCUAAUAAUUACUAAACAAAUACCGAUUGAUUUGUUUUUUAUAAUCAUAUCGGGAUCUAAUGACAAUAAAUAAGUAUUAUUCAUAUUGUAUGUUAUUAUGAAUAAACGGGACUCCUGAUACUAGAUAGGUUUUAUUUCAAUAGUAAUUUUUUUUUU